UGUUGGUAAUACUGAUUAAUGUUGGUAAUACUGAUUAAUGUUGGUAAUACUGAUCUGUAAAACAAUAUAAUAUGCUUCACUUUUAAUUGAAAUACUCCUCGUUAUCUUGAGAUAGAUUUGAUCUGCGAUUCAGCGGCAAAUCAUUUUAUCUGUACCGAAAAACGUUGUCUUCCAUAGAAUCGAUACCAGAGCAAUCGAUUGCAAGGUUCCUCAUUCGACGUAGACAAACAGCGUGAAAAAUAAUCGUAACAUAAGUACACAGCGAACUCACCUGGGAUAUAAUGGCGUUGAGACGAGCCUUGCAUUUCGUUUUCAAAGUGGGUGACAGAAGCAAAACGGCCACCUUUUACCGAGAUGUGCUAGGCAUGAAGAUUUUGCGUCAUGAAGAGUUUGAAGAGGGAUGCAAGGCCACUUGUAAUGGCCCUUAUGAUGGAAAAUGGAGCAAGACAAUGGUCGGCUUUGGUCCAGAGGAUGAUCACUUUGUGGCUGAGCUGACCUACAAUUAUGGAGUGGGAGAAUAUCCUGGCAAUGACUUCCUGGGUCUGACUCUGCAGUCUAGCCAGGCUGUCAGCAAUGCUAAGCGGCUUGGUUGGCCCCUCACUGAGGUUGGGGAGGCUCUCUAUCUGGUUGAGGCUCCUGGAGGUUACCGCUUCUACCUGGUGGACAAAGAGCAGCCUCACAAUGAUCCUGUACAGAAGGUAUGUCUGGCAGUGUCUGACCUGCAGAAAUCAACACACUACUGGUCCUCCCUUCUGGGGAUGAAGGUGAUGGAGAGAAAUGAGGAGAAAAAGACUGUGCUGAUGGGAUUCACAGACACUCAGUGUAAACUAGAGCUUUACAACAUUGGUGGGACAGUAGAUCAUGGCACAGCUUUCGGAAGGAUGGCUUUCUCUUGUCCACAUAAGCAGUUGCCAGAUCUUGAAGCCCUGAUGACAAAAGAAAACUAUAAAAUCCUUACUCCUUUGGUUAGCCUGGACACCCCUGGGAAGGCUACAGUAGAAGUGGUCAUUCUGGCUGAUCCAGAUGGCCAUGAGAUCUGCUUUGUGGGAGAUGAGGCAUUCAGACAACUCUCCCAGAUGGACCCCAGUGGAAAUGCAUUGCUGGAUAAGGCUAUGGCUGAAGAUAAAAGUGAUGAGUGGUUUUCCAAGCACAACAAGCAGAAGGCUUCAGCGUAAAUGCUUAGAACAUAGCUGAGCCGUCACGGGUCUACUGGACAUCUCCAACUACUGUACCUGGAUGUGUUUGAUCACUCCAAUAGAGGUGUAAAGCAUGGGAUCUCUAAUUGCCUGUAUAUUUUGCCCCGUAUAUGGCAUUACCCUUCCAGCUGCACUACGGCAUUAGAUUUUACUCAACCAGAAGCAUUAUUUAGAGAUGUUUAGGAGACUGAAAGUGUACAUAUAUUUCAUUCAUACUGUGGCAGAAGCUCGAUGAACAUGGACAACUUAAAAAUGAAUCAUGUUUUUGUCUGCAAAGAAAACAAUUGUACCUGUUCGGCUCAAUGAAAUGAAUAAAACACUGACUUCAUCAGAACA